AUGCCGAGGGAGUGCUAUGUAUUCGCUCAUCUUGCCCAGCCCAUCGCGGAUGCAGGUCUGCGAGGUCUGGCCCAUAAAGCAGCAUGUGUGCCCGUUCUACCGACAUACCCCCUUGCCUUCGAACCCAACUCGUUCUCGCUUAACAUGCCGAUGCUCGCUGAUCCGUCUACCAAAUAUGCGCCCUACAAUCCGGUUCUCUUCCCAGUCGGCUACGAACGCCGAUGGCCAAAGAACCGCACGACCGCCGCACCCAUCUGGCUUUCGACAGAUCUUCGAGACGGCAAUCAAGCUCUAAUCAAUCCUAUGAAUCAUAAGACCAAGUUGGAGCUCUUCAGACUUCUCGUUAGGAUUGGAUUCAAGGAGAUCGAAGCCGCCUAUCCUUCUGCUUCCGAGGCAGAAUUCGCGUUCGUUCGUUCGCUCAUCGAGAACAAGGAAGUGCCUGAUGAUGUCACCCUUCAGGUGAUUACUCCUGCGAGGUCUGAUCUCAUCGAGAGAUCCAUCGCGUCGUUAGCUGGCGCGAAGAAAGCUACCAUCCAUCUAUAUAACGCUGUUUCCCCACUCUUCCGCGAGGUCGUCUUCCGAAACUCCGAAGAACAGACUAUUGAUCUAACGCUCAACGCGGUGCGACUCAUAAAGAAGCUUACUGAGGAAGAGACUAUGCACUCGGGGACCAAAUUUCGCUUGAAUUAUUGCCUCGAGACUUUUUCCCAGACAGAGCCAGAAUUUGCUGUCCAGCUGGGUAACCGAGUGCUCGAGGCUUGGGGCAAAGCCGGUCCAGGCGACAACAAAGUCAUUUUCAAUCUGGCUGCAACAGUAGAAUGCGCGCCGUCCAAUCAUUACGCAGAUAUGGUCGAGUACUUCAGUACUCACAUCACUCAUCGUGAACAUGUGAUAUUAAGCAUCCAUCCACACAACGACAGAGGCACUGCCGUGGCUGCAGCUGAGCUUGCUUUGCUCGCUGGAGGCGAUCGUGUAGAAGGCUGCUUGCUUGGAAACGGCGAACGGACGGGGAACGUUGAUCUUAUCAGCCUCGCACUCAACCUCUAUUCGCAGGGUGUGUCGCCUAACUUGGACUUUUCCAAUCUUUCCGAGAUAGUCGAAGUCGUGUGCCGCGCAAACGAGAUGUCCACGCCCAAGCGCUAUCCCUACGCAGGCGCCCUCGUCUUCACAGCGCUCGCUGGUACCCAUCAGGACGCUAUCAAGAAGGGUCUGGAUGCCCAGCGCCGCCGAUGGGAGUUGGUGGAUCGUACAGGCGAGGGAAAUAAGUUCUGGGCGGUCCCAUAUAUCCCUCUUGACCCUAGGGAUCUCGGUUACGGUUACGAGAACCUCAUCCGCGUCAGCAGCCAAAGCGGCAAAGCAGGUGCGGCCUACAUAAUCAAGGAGACCUUGGGCCUCGAGAUUCCCCGCAGGAUGCAGGUUGCCUUCUACAAGAUCGUGCAGAGUGAGAGCGAGCGUUCGGAACGCGAGAUGACCGCCGCACUUGUCGUGGAUGCUUUCAAACGCUCUUUCGGAUUUGAUGUAAAUUCUCAUGCUCGCCUCCUUCUGCGGUCAUCUCAACUACGCCCACUGUCACCAUCCACCUCUUCAACCUCCGACGGCUUUGAGGACAUCCUCGAGUCUCCUUCCGAUGAAGACGGGCUCGUUCACCUAGAGGCUCAUAUCGAUGUCGAUGGCAAAGCGCGGCUCAUCCAAGGACAAGGACGUGGCUCCAUCGAAGCUCUCAUAGAUGCUCUGCGUUUGUAUCUAGGAGUCACCUUCAGUGUCUACGAGGCCUCCGUCCAGUCUACCGAGUCCAAAGACAUCGCAGUCUUUCUCGAGGUCUCGGAAGCCGCUUCUGAAGCGAAGGUUUGGGGCGUUGGGGUGUCUAAGGAUAUCUUCGAGAGUAGAUGCCGAGCACUGCUUAGCGCUGCGAACAUCAUUGUCAACGAUGACAGAGUGUUUCACCAGCCCAAACUGGUAUUUACUCCCCGCACGGCGCCCGGAUACAAACUAUCUCGCGACGGGUACUUCCUCGACAUGUAUGCCGGGAGAUCGACGCCGCUUGAGCAAGUCGGUGAAGUCGGGGUUAAAGUUGAGGUGCUGAGCGUUGCGGCUCUCUAGAUUUUGUUUCGUCUGAAUUCCGCUUCUUAUCAUCUCGGUCGAUGUUUCGACCUAUAGACAUGAAUGGCUCUCGAUUAUCCGGCUAUGUAUGUAUGUCAUUAUGCCUCGGGUUGUGUUUCUCGUGUAGUUGUAACGCGAUAGCAAGCGCG